AUGCCAGCAAUGAAGCGACCAAGCUCGGCGGCAGCGGAGGGGGCGAAGAAGAAACCAGCCGCUUCAGGCUCAAUCCGUGAGACGGUGGACGCGAUCCAGGAUUGGGCAGAGCAACGCGGUGAAGGUGAAGAGUCAGAGGUGAGGGAUAAACAGAAGGCCCAAAAGUUCCACAAGAUGCUGAGCAAUGGGUCGCUACCUGACCAUAUAGUGCACAUGUUUCAGGUGGAAAGCAAAACAGCCAAGGAGGGGCAGCGAGCCUACCAAACCAAGCUCAUCAACAGCUUGUUCGAGAAGGGCGAUGAUGGAUCCUUUCGCGUGAUGUCUGAUCGUCAAAAAUUCCAAGAAUACAGGAAGGUUUGGAAGGCCAACGUCGCCAAGGACAAGACUGAGGCCAUGCCAAAGACUUUGAUGUUGGCAAGUCACUUUCACGGAAAUGAGGCCCUGAUGAACCAGGCGAUCAACAACGGCGAGCUCAUGUCGAAGAUAGACCCUGUGUCAAAGCUUGAGUACCUGCAAUUCCGAAAGUUCAGCCACACCGAGCUACGAGGCAACGAAUCAGGCGAACAAGUCCAGGGAGACAAGAAGCUGAACAAGGAGCAGGCCCACGCCUUGGCGGACUCCAUGAGCAAGCUCAAAUGGACGUUCACUUUGAGCAAGGCGGACGAGAAACGAAUGGAUGAGCAGGGCCAAAUUCCGGAGUCAGUCAAGAAGCUCGCGGUGAAGGCGAAAGAUGCAUGCGAGCGUUUGGUCAAAGACGGCUCCAAGCUUGUGGCUCUACCGGAUAUGAGUGGUGGAGUGAAAGAUGCGUACAAGAUUUUGAGCCAACACAUUACGAAUUUGAACCAGCUUCUCAUCCUCGGCGAGCUGCCGUCCCAGGCUGCCAUCAACCGCAACUCCUUGGAGAACUUUAUCGGGGGCAUCGCCAAAGAUGUGGAAAAGUACCACGGGGAAAUCCAAGCUGCAAAAGCUCGGGCAAAGACCGGCAAGGCCAAGUCAUGA